AUGGCUGCAAUGGGAACCUGCCGUUCAGUCGAUUUUAGCUUACUCCAGGGGGGUCAGACUAAUGUGAUGAAUUAUGGAGCUGUUGGAAAUGGAGCUACAGAUGAUUCCCAAGCUUUUAUGAGGGCAUGGAGGGACAUUUGUGCAGGUAAAUCAUAUCCCAACCUCGUCAUACCUGGAGGAAAGACGUUUUUGUUGAGGCCUGUGCAGUUCUACGGCCCAUGCAAACCCUCUAAAAUUUAUGUUGAAGUAUAUGGCCGUAUCGUGGCACCGAAACUUUACGACUAUGGUUCUAAUAACUUAAAUUGUUGGAUUGGCUUCUGGCAUGUGAAUGGACUCACUGUCAAAGGAAAUGGACAAAUUAAUGGCCGGGGUGCUGAGUGGUGGCAAGCUUAUACAUCUGGGAAGAUAUAUCAGAGACCUACUGCCAUGGGAUUCUAUAGUUGCAACAACCUUUUACUCCAAGGAUUAAACUUCAUAAAUAGCCAAAGAAACCAUAUCAGUGUAUCAGGCAGCAAUGGUGUUACCAUCUCCCACCUCACCAUAACUGCUCCUGAUUCAAGCCCCAACACUGAUGGCAUUGAUAUUUCCCACUCAAAAAACGUUCGAGUUUCUGACUCCACCAUUGGAACCGGUGAUGAUUGUAUCGCUUUCGGUGAUCAAACCUCCCAAGUUUUCGUCAAAGGUGUGGCAUGUGGUCCCGGUCAUGGUAUAAGUAUUGGAAGCCUGGGCGUGGGUGGAGCAAGUGCCCAGGUGGAGGAAAUACAUGUGGACAGUUGCAGCUUUAAAGGAACUCAGAAUGGAGCAAGGAUCAAGACAUGGCAGGGAGGGUCUGGAUAUGCCAGGAAGAUUACAUUCAAUAACAUUAAGCUCGAAGAUGCUGAGAAUCCCAUCAUCAUCGACCAGUAUUACUGUCCCCAUUCAGUAUGCCAGACUACGACAUCUGCAGUCCAAAUAAGCGAUGUAUCAUUUACUGGAUUUUUGGGAACAUCUGCAACAGAUAAUGCCAUCAAGCUAAGCUGCAGUGAAACUGUGGGUUGCACCAACAUUUCACUGGACUACAUCAACAUAAAAUUAGCAUCUGGGAAUGGAAAUACUUACUCCUCCUGUAUCAAUGCUCAUGGAACAGCUCAUAACACAUUUCCUUCUCUGUUGUGUUUAAAAAACUAG